AAGCGUGCCAGUGUCGGGGAGGGAGCAUGGCCGACUCGCAGCUCCUUUGCCUGGACGACACGCACUUGAACGAGUGGCUGACCGAGAACCACCCGCGGUACUACUACAGCGAGCAGCAGCGGAGGACCUUGGAGGCUCUGGUAGGCAAAGGGGAAAAGGCGUACAAGGAGCAGCUGAAGAAGGAGCAGUUGCGCGACUUUCUCUCCAGCCGGGAGCGGCAGGACUUGCGGAGCAGCUGGUGCGGCUACGACGCCCACCUGGAGGGCGGGAAGCCCCUCACGGGACCUUCCGGCAAGCCCCUGUCGCUGGCCUAUUGGCCCGAGCGCUCCGACACCGAAAUCCCGCCGCUGGAUUUGGGCUGGACCCACAACACUUUCUACCGAGGGCUCAACCGCCUGGCUCUCUUCACGCACCCACGUAAGGAAGAAAAUGCGCCUCACGUCAAGGAAGUGGCGCGCGAAAUGAUCCAGCAGGCGCACAAGAUCAUUGCAGUAGUUAUGGACCAGUUCACAGACAGGGAUAUAUUCCAGGAUAUUGUAGAUGCAGCAUACAAGCGUCGGGUCCCAGUCUAUAUUAUCUUGGAUGAAGAAGGCUCUAAGUUCUUCCUGGAGAUGUGCAAAGGCAUGGAGCUCUGUGAUUUCCAGAUCCGGAAUAUCCGUGUACGCUGUGUGACAGGAGUUGGGUACUAUAUGCCAUCAGGGAAGAUCAAAGGCAAUUUGGCAUCCCGUUUUUUGAUGGUGGAUGGUGAAAAGGUCAUCACUGGCUCCUACAGUUUCACAUGGACUUCAUCCCACAUAGACAGAAACAUCAUUUUGUUCUUGUCGGGACAGAAUGUCGAAAUGUUUGAUAUUGAAUUCCGUGAGCUCUAUGCCAUUUCAGAGGAGAUAGAUCUCUAUAAGGAGCUGAACAUUCCAUGCCCUUUCCGUCAAGAUGCUGGAAAACUGGGAUUUUCCUCUUCCACUGUGGCCCGGAAGGUCAUCAACCCAAAGUAUGGAUUAGUGGCAGGGGUUCCCCCAGGGGAAAUGAUGCGCUGGGCUUCUCGCCAGAUGCAGGAGUCGCAAGGGAACCUAAAAGGGAGGGAAGAAGAAAGUGAGUCAAACAGACGACUGCAUAGUUUUCUAGAUGAUCUUAUUUCAAUAGAGCAGGUGCUGCCGGAAAUUGAGCCUCCACUUGAGGAUCUGAGCAGAGUGAACCGGAGUCCUCAGAAGUUCUUUUCUCGGUUCCAUCAGGACAUGAAAAAUAAAUCCAAAUCCAGAGAGUCCAUUCGUGACCUCAGGAAAGAUGAUGUUGCCAAUGGGGAGACCAGUUCCAAGCAGGGUAAGAGAUUUGGCAGUGGACUUUUCAGAAAGGCCAAGCGUCUGCCACACUUGAAUGCUGAUGCAAGUUCUGUUACCAGUGAGACUCUAACAGGAGACGACUUUGUGAUUGUGAUGGCGCCAAAGGAGGGCCAAGCCACCUUUAGUGUUCGUAGUAGUGGGGACACCUCAGGUAAGAUGAGUCUAAGCUCUCAUACAGGGGGAAGAGCCAAACAGUCAGCCUGUGUGGUCUCAUGACUGAAGGGGGGAGACCUGCUGGAAAAACUUGAGAAGAAGCAUCUGCUGGAAUGUAUGACUAUGGGCUCAUUUCAAGUCUGCAGUCUAAUUUCCUCAAACAGUCUAUAUUGCCCCUUCAAUGUCUAGAAUGGAGCUGGAGCCUCCUGUUAAAGCACACUGGGUCAAAUGUGUAACCUGAAAGAUUCUGUCUGAAGGAACAUAAUUAAGUAACUGUGAUAAAUGGAUUUUCAAGUGAACUCCAGACUGGCACAGAUACAGGGUGCUAUUUCAGUUUGUCUGGCAACAGAAUCAAAUGAACAUUGGUGGGUUGUCCAUAUUUGUUUUGUACUACACUUUUAUUGGGUUAGCAACUUAAGUCAAAGUCAAAAGAUCCCAGAAAAGAUGUGAAACCUGUGGCUUUUGUUUUUUAUUAAACUUUGUACAACGUCUGCCUUCAUUUUUUAAAAAUAAAGCUCUAAGGUAAUAGACUUGUGCCUAUAAAAAUAUGCAUACAUAUUGAAGUGCAUGAGUAAAUGUAUGGUUGAAAGUUACCUUUAUUUCAAACUGUGUUUAAUACUACACAGACACAAUUAUUUGCGGAGUUCAGCUUUUGCAUUCUAAAAAAAAAUGUUUAGAAGCCAUAAUUCAUUAACAAAAUAUUUAUUUCUUAUUGAGAAUUUUUAAAAAUGUGAUUGCAGAAGCCAUAAUUCAUUAAGAAGCCAUAAUUCAUUAACAAAAUAUUUAAUUCUUAAUGAGAAUUUUUAAAAAUGAUUGCAGAAUGUUGUAGACAUAUGCAAAUUAAAAGCAGACAGAUUUUAUAUGAUAAAUAUUUUGGGGCCCACCUUACAAUCUCAAGAUUUGAUUGAUAUGUCUUAAUUUUUUUCAUAAUAUGAAAUCAGACAGUAGAGCCCAGCAAUAGUUGUUGCUUGGCCUGGUACUGGAAUUCCACUUCAGAUGGUAUUAACAAUGGAAAUGCAAAUACGUUUUGUGGUUAUAUAAAUAUGUCUGCAUAUUACAAGUUGCAGUAUUCUAAACAACUUGAGUUUACCUUCUUUCUACUGCUAUAGUGCAUUUGUUAGACAUAUUGGCUUACAAAUUGAACAGUCACUUGUCUGUUUUUGGGUUGCCAACCUCCAGGUUGAGCCUGGUGAGCUCCCAGAAUUACAGCUGAUCUCCAGACGAGAGAGAUCAAUGCCCCUGUAGAAAAUGGCUACUUUGUAGAGUGGACUUUAUAGUAUUGGGGCCCCUCCCCAAACCCUGCUUCCCCAAGGUCUACUCCCAGAUCUCCAGGAAUCUCCCAGCCCCGAGCUGGCAACCCUAUUUUGUCUUGUCUCUCCCCAUGUUUCUGGCUAGUGUGUUUCCACAAAGGCUCUGUCAAGUAAAUUAUGUACUCUUGAACUGCUUUCUCUGUGAGCAACGUUGUUUACAACUGAAUGUUCCAACAAGCAGCUACAUGAGGUCCUUGAACGUUAACCUGUAAUGUAUGAAAGGUAAGCUGUACAUGAAUCUGAAGCUUGUAUAACUCCCCUCACAAAUUGCUCUUUGGAUAUUACUGUAAGCCCCUCCACAUGAUCAUUUCCUUGCAGUGUACCACAGAUGUGUGGCAAAGUUAUCCUUAGGAAUGAUGCACAGUCUGAGCUGAAAGAUCUAACCCGUAGGUAGUUUACAUGGUCAGGCUUCCUUUGGUUGAGCUCUUUACCUGUAGUUAGUUUGGUUGGCUCUAUCAUUCUGCCUAAUGGUAAUGAGAAUGUUAUUACCAUUUAUGGUAAGCCUACAAUUGGUUGGAUGGACUCAAUAAAAUGUCUUGUGAUUUUUCAUCUGUUUAAAGGAAUUUUUAAUGUCUGUGGUAUCUUGCAUUUGAAGCAGACCUUAGUAUUGUUGAAGCCUUGAUAUCCAAACCUACAUGCAAUAAUAGUGUGCACUUGAGUUCCAUUACAGUUGAGUGCAUCACUGUGAGCAGGGUUUCAGGUUGAGACUCUAAUUAAUUGAUCAUAUAAACAUUCUAAAAACCAGUAUUCUAUCAAUAAACUGGAAAUUGACAGUACAAAAGAACUGAGCUGACCUGAGCUCAACUUACAUUUACAUGUUACUCAAAAUAAAAUGAUUUCAUCCAUUCAGUACACUUCUUUUAAAUUUUGGUGCUAAAUAUGCUAUAUGGUAUAUAUUUUGACAAGCGUGUCUGUUUUGUUUCAUUACUUCAUACAAGAUUGAAAAACUUAUGCAGCCGUAAUUGUCAGCAUUCUUACAUGUUGCAUUUAAAAAUUAACCACUUUUUUCAGUCCUUUGAUGCUUUGCAUCUCUCCAAAACAAACAUGUUUUUAUUAAAAACUGGUCUCAAGAGUUUAUUAGGAAAUUAAUCUUGCAAGCCUUCACUUAAUUGUAUUUAAAUCUUUCCCAUAAUCUUGAGUAGUACUUUUAAAAAUCUGCAGUACUUUCUACUUAUGCACAUUUCUUUGGUAUAUUUUUCUUAUUAAGGCUUAAUAGAAAAUUUCUCAACAGUCCUUCAGCUAUUAAUUUAAUCCAAUCUCAUAACAGUAUCGACUUUACCUGGAAUGUUUUCCUGUUUAUAAAACUUCUUAGUCUGUCUCACACAAUGUCUUUCCAACCCAAAGAAUAUUUUAUUGGCUACCUUUCUAUAGAAGAAGUACUCCCGAUAUACUUGCUUUAAAAUAUACAAAAUAUAUGAUGCCCUCAUAGAGAAAAAGUCAUACAGUCACUUGGAUGCCUCGGUCUCUGGGCUAGAGACUUACUCUUUUUUAAAAAUGAAAAUUUAGAGAACAUGCUAUACCAGUUGCUGCAAUGGGGAACAAUGAUAUUCUUGUGCAGCUUAAAAAAAAAAAGUUUGCAAGAGCCCUGGUGGCUCAGUGGAGAGAAGAUGUCCACUUCCAGGGGAUUGAGACAGGGAAACUGGGAGGAAACCUGCCAUGUGGAGGCUCUGUUGCUGCUGUGCUUUAUCUGUAGCCACACCAGCAAUGGAGAAACCACAAAAUCCCAUCCCUAUGUGGAAGACACCUGAAGUGGGUCUAUCCCUGUUUUUCCUCUUCCCAAGUACAGGUUUCAGUAGAUCUUGAAAUUGAUUUUUCUGUGCCUCAGCUAUGGUGUAAGCUGUGUAUUACACAGUGCUCGAUUUUUAAUAUUCUUUUCCACCGUUGCUAGAUUUCAUAGAACUUACAUUGCAUUUUCUUUCUUACCCUUUAGUAGUCUUUAAUACUAGUUGCUCUGCUUUGACAGCUUUUGUGAAACUUUUUUUGCAGAUGUUAACAGCUUGAAUUUUACAUAUAUUAAGGGCCAAACUAGAUGUUACUGUGGUCCUAUCCAUGGCCAUCAACUCCAUUUUGGAGGCAAAUUCACCCUUUUAAAAAUGCUGUGAGGAACAGGAGAUGACUCGCCUUUCCCCCUACAUGCCUUUUCAAGUGCUGAAACAGGCUGUUUCUGCAUUUGAAAAAGGAGGGGGACAAGAUCCCCUCUUCCCCCUGCGCUACGGGUCCAGGCAUGAAUAGGCUGUCACCUUGAAAUGGCUCGACUUGUCCCUAAAAUGCUGCCAGCAGUCUAGUUUGACACUAAUUCUGGUCAAAUGAAAGUUCUUUUUAGAGUUCCUUGAAACUUCCUGGUAUGUUAAAGGUGAGGCUUGUGGCUUCAUAAUAUCAGGGAUGUGUAUGGAAGAAAAAAUUAUUGGUCCCAUUCUCUGUGCGUUUAUGAUAUUUAAGAAAUGUGUGGCAGCAACACGAAAUGGAUUUAUGUGGCACCUUUCUCUUGUGGCCAAAAUACCAGAGAGGAAAACUUGGUUAGUCUAUUCAUUUCCUUCUGAUGCCAUACAUGGUUUGCACAAGAUGCUGCCACUGACUUCAAUGCUGUAGUGCUAAACUGAAAGCAGGAAAGAAAGUAUGUGGCUUAAGAAAGCCCUUCAUCUGCAGCAUACAUUAGAAUAUACAUACACGCUGCUUAGGCUCUGCUGGCUGGACCCUCAUCUGUCUGCACUGCAGCUUGGUCAGGUACGGGAACCACACCAGGGGUUGAAGGUCCAGUAAGUGGAUUGAGGAUGCACAUACAGUUUCCCAUGAUACAUAUCCUAAUGGAGGUUCAGUGGUCCCUCAAGGUGUUUUUUAUCCCAGAAAUUUCACUUAAUGCUAAUUGAACAAUUCUUUUUUUCUGACCUUUCUCUUUGGUGGAAUAGAUUGAGAAGGUUGCAGUGAAAUAAUGCCAGUAUUCCUGCUGUUUUCUUUGGUCCCAUAUCAAUGCAGGAAAGGAUUAGUAGUUCUUUACACUUCUUUCUCGUUUCCUUUUGGUCUAAUAGUGCCUGUGUUUAUCGUGGCUUGUACAUACAUGGUAUGUCUUUUAACAACCUAAUGGAUUAAACCAUACUUUAAAAUUUUUGACUGUAUAUAUGGAUUAUUUGACACUGUUUGUUGCUGGCAACAUCAAGUCUGGGGCAAGGUGAAAAACCUUCAACACUAAUUUUGUUAUGCAUAUUUGUUAUUCAAUGUGUAUUUGUGCCCUAGUGUCAUAACAGAUGCAUUUUAUAUGACAAAUAAAUUAUAUACUGUGUUUCAGCA